AGAGAGCGCGCGCGCGCGCACGUCCGCCCAUGUACAGCCCCACCCACCCGCAGAGCGCGCCCCCGGCGGUCAUGGAUCGCUGCGGGCCCGGGCUGGGCUACGAGGAGCCGGCGGAGCGGGCGCGGCAGCAGGAGCGGCACUACCAGCUCCUGUCCGAGCUGCAGGCGCUGGUGAAGGGGCUGCCCAGCCCCUGCCAGCAGCGCUUGUCUUACACCAUCCUCAGUGACCUGGCGCUGGCGCUCAUCGAUGGCACCGUCUUCGAGAUCGUCCAGGGCCUGCUGGAGAUCCAGCACCUGACGGAGAAAAACCUCUACAACCAACGGCUGAAGCUGCAGAGCGAGCACCGGGGUGAGGCCCCCGCAGCGCCGAGCCCCUCCAGCCCGAGCCCUCUCCCGCCUCCUCCUAGUAAACCGUCUUUUAGUCCCUUGCUUUGCAGCCCCGCUGCUCGGCGCUGCACACGGAGAACAGGUGAAGUCAGAUUGUCCCGAGAGUAACAGCUGUGGCCCGGGGUGAAACCAGCCUCUCGCAGCCUGAUCGAAAGGGCUGGCGGCCCCAGGACAGGAAGCAGCAGUGGCCAACCAGUAGAUAUAACAUCACUGAGUGUGUGCUUUUGGCAGUGAUGUUGGGAGCAUGUCUCCAGUCCUUGUCAGUGUGUGUGUACGGCUGCGCUGCAGAACCAAUGCUCUUGUGCAGCUUGAAGAAUUAAUAAAAUUCCCCAGUGGAAAGUGAGCUACAUUAGUGGCUGCAUUU